AUGGCGAAUUCCUCUCUGGUCCGAUGUGACAGUCUGGAUACUGGGACAGGAUGUGUCAGGGACAUGAUCGACCAUAUGACAUUUGACACUGAGGGCCCUGACCCUACAGCAACCCUCGAACCUUCACCAGCAGACCUGGCUCAGUGCGAGGCUGAAGUUGGCACACUGCUCAGCAUCAUUGCUGAACUGAACAAGAAGAUGGGGUCACUAAAGGCACCAAGUGAAUCUGAUGAUAUGAGACCAUCAGGUCCAUCCACACCCAGGCCUUUGGUUCCUGACAUCCUGUCUCAUAGGGUGGUCACAAGCAGCGCAGAGAGACACAUUGCGUCUGCUGUUGCAUCUAAAUCCCCUCUGACUGAUCGAGGGGGCAGUGGCGUUGUGUGGACCAAACUGCAGGAGGUUUUGUCAUCACUGGAGGACUCCAUCAGCUGUAGAAGGACCUGGGCCGCCCCCAUCACAGCCUCUGACCAGGACAAGCACAAAGAGCAUCUGAGAGCAGCCCAGGAGAGCUGGGCUAAGGCUACUCAGACUAUUUAUCUUAUUUACCCAGCUCUGCCAAAGGAUCAGUACCAGGAGGAGAUGCAGGAUGUGGACAAGCAAGAGUCUGCUCCCAGAAGCACCUUGAAGGGUCAUCAGGAUGAGCUGGAGAGAGCACAAAGCACCAACAGCCAGACGGAAGAAGAGAAGAACAAGCUGGUGGGUCUCCAUAAGCCCUGGAGGUCAGGCAAUUGCUCUCCUUCCUACCGUCCCACUGCUGGGAUGUUCAAUCCAGACUGGGCCUCUCCUCCCUACCCUGGUUCUCCUUUACUCCACAGAAGAGCAACCAGAGCAGUAUCACCUCUGUCUGUUGUUGGAGACAUCUCUCCACUGGGCUCCAUUAACUCAGGAAGUCCUUGUCCAAGCCCCAUCAGCCUGGAGUCAGAAACAGAACGACUGAACAGGUACAUCGAGAGGCUAAAGGCCAGAAAUGAACGUCUGACUGCAGCUCUGGAGCGAAGGAAGAAAGAGUCAGAGCAGAUCAGUGUUACACUCACUAGGCUUGAGUCUGAUUGUUCUUCCCUGCAGCUGGCUCUCAGAUACUGUGAGGAGUGUGAAGAGGCCUACAGCGAGCUGCUGUCACUUUACGAGGCCAAGAAGCAGCAAUCCAUUCCUCUGCAGACAGACUCAGCAGAGGCAUUCGGUCACAGGCAGCAGCCUGACAGUUCAUCAGCUCGGCUCAGGAAAAUGGGAAGUGAAGAGCUAUCCACCUCCUUCUCAACACCAGGGGUCACAGCGGAGACAGAAACACAGAGUCACACAGGACAGAGGGCACCCGAGCCGGUGGAUCGAGAGGCUGUUCUCCGUCAGCAGAUUGAACGCCUAAAGAAGGAGCGGGCAGCCAUUUGUCUAUCCAAGUCGAGUCGAGGAGUUGAGGGCAAAAUGAGCAUUGAAACUGGUCACCUGUCUGGACUGAGAGGGGGACAUAUGGCUAAAGAUAACACCAAGCCUCUGGAUACCAAGAAAGAGAAGGCUACCCUCUUCUAUGAACUCAUUUCUGUCAGGGGGGAGAUGUCGGAUCUUCGAGCUCUAAUCCGCCUUAAAGAGAAAGAGCUAAGGUGUCUGGAGUGGAGUUUAAUGGCCCAGAAGGCCCAGGAAGCAGCUGGUGUUUUUGUCCCAGAAAGUCUGCGAGAAGAGCUGGAGGAUCAUAACACUGAACAACAGAGACUCUGUGAGACCACAGCUAAGCUGGGUUGUGAUGGGGACAUCGCCGGUCCUCAAACCAGGCCCAUUGUGAAAGAGCUGCAGGCCGUCCUGCAAAGGGAGCAGGCCCUGAAAAAGAGGCUAGCUUUAGUCCAUGACUCAUUAAACACAGCUCUCUCAGACAGCAGCUCCCACAGGAGGGACAAUGGUGAGCAGAUUGCACGACUCUCACAAGCUCACAGUAAAGCCUUGAGUUCAUACCGGCAGAUUCGCCGGAAGUACCGCGAGCAGGUGUGGAGGCUGGAACAGAAAGUGGCGGCCAUGAUGGAGAGUCACGAGAACCAGAGUGGAGCACCAAAAGCUCCAGAGGAAAACCUAGACUGGAGACGGGAAGAGACUGUGCUGUGAUUUUCCAGUCAUGCUCUUAGCUAAACGUUAUCAGCUACAACAUACAUGAAGUAGCUUGUGUGUAUCACUUUUAAAACUAGAUACAUUUUUUUAAAGUCCUUAAAUCCUCACUAGAAUUUUCUUUAAUAAUAAGACACUUAUACCUUUAGUUUAUCUUAUAACAUAAUGAUUAAGAGCUGAAACACAACAACAACAGGGGAGACAAAAUGACGGAUACAGGUGAACAGGUGCAACUAGGCAGGUAAGAUGGUUGACCCAGGUGUGUACAUGACUUCCAGGUAAAUAAUCACUCUCUAAUAUGUGGCAGGCAGAGGGAGAGCACAGGCUCACAUGGGGACAUAGGCUGAGUCAUGGUCGAACAGGCAGGCUAAAGCAAACAGUUCAGACAGGGGGCGGUCAAAUAAUCAGAUCCAGAGAGAAACAUAGUGUCCAAAUACAGGUAGGCAAAUGGUUCAAAUGAAGGACAGACUACUGACCAGGUACCAGGAGAUGGAAGAUGGGUUCAAGAGUUGAAACAGAAGCAACCAAAGGGAGAAGCAGGUCAGCAACAUAACAGGUAAACAGAAAAGCACAGUGGUUAGUCACUGAGGUGCUCCUACAUGGACAUUCUAGGGGGAAAUGAGUGCAGCCUGGUGGCUUAAAUACUGACUGACUGAUUACACAGACAACGAGCAGGUGAGCGUGGGUAGAGCACGGUGUAAGAGCAGGAAUACUGAGCAAAGACAUCGGGCUGGCUCUCAAAUGACAGGACCACGACUGGGACAGGGACAGAAAUAUUAUUUGACAGAUACUGAGAAGAAGGGGAUGAUUUACACAAAACAAAACAAGCACAUGGAGAUGAAACUGUCAACUAUAUCAUGACCCCGAAAAAAAGCAGAAUAUCUUUAUUCUCUUAUUUUCCGUUUUCAUGUUCAUCUCAUGAUUUAUUCCUUAACUUUCAUAUCUGCCUGUCUUUCUUCCUCCCACUCAAAUCACUAUUUCUCUGCCUUUACCUUUCACUUCCACUCCCUCCAUUUUAUCUCCUCUCUCAUCACUCAAUCAUCUCUGUCCUCUCUCCCCCUGCAGCCGCCCCUUUGCCCUGACCUUCCCGAGUUGUUCAGCUGCUGCUGUGACCAGUGGUCAGGAGGUUAAGGCAAAGGUUGACUGUCACACCCACAGGGUCACAGCUAUGCCUGGCUGUUGUAUCAGCCUGUGAAUAGAGCGUUCAGAGUGCCAGACGAGGCGGCGAGCCCCUGACGCCCUGCCUUUUGCCUGAGCUUGCCCUUUCCCGAGCAGAGGUCACUGUCCUCCCCGCUCCUCCCAUACCUCCAGGUCACCAUCACUAAUAGCUGCCAUAAGAGCAGAUGAUAUAAUUAUUGUACCAUUUUGUGUCCCCCUCUUGAAGAUCUAUGUUAAGCUUUUGAGUUCAUCAAAGGUUUUUAAACAACUUGAUUGCUGUAACCUCUGGGUGACUCCUCUGUCAAAGGGAACACAAUCAUGACAAAAUGUCUCACAAAAAGAAAAAGGUAUUUGUUUUCAUCCAUGGCUAAAUGCCUUUUAUUAUGUCAUAUGCAUUUAUAUAGUGGUGGAAGUCAUCACACCCUUUAAUUAUAUACCAACAUAACAAGUCCUGCAUUUGAAACCAUACUUAAGUAAAAGAACAAAUGAACUACCAGGAAAAUAAACUUAAAUGAUCAACAUAAAAGUAUUCUUUUUUUUGCUGAGAAACUACCCUGUUUAUUUAUUUAUUGUUAUACACAGUAAGUGCACUAAAUUCAACAACUGUACUGUUAAGUCAUCUGUAACAGUGCAUAAGCUCAUCAUAUUAUUUAUUUUAGCUUGACAUUAAGUGUACAUGAGAAAAAAGGCUUUUUUUUUUACUUUUGAACACUGUAUCUGUAUUAGCACUACAGCCUCAGGACUGUGGUCACAUAGGAUUUGCACAAUGCAACUGAUGCUGUACUUAAGUCAAAGCUGAAAUUCACUCCUUUCAAAUAAA